AUGGACAACAAGUCAGUCUUCGUCGUUGCUAUAGAUUUUGGCACAUCCUACAGCGGGUACUGUUUUUCCCUUGCUUCAGGUACGGACCAAAUCCGCCAAGUGUACUGGGGAGCAGAGCAUGGGCUCAAGACCCCGAAGACACCCACGUGCAUCUUGUUCAACCAGAAGCGGGAGUUCAGGAAAUUCGGCUACGAUGCUGUGAUGAAAUACAAGAGCCUGCCCUCCAGCGAAGCUGACAGCUGGUACUUCUUCCACAACUUCAAGAUGAAGCUGUACAACACAAAAGUCACUUCUGGCAUGGAGCUGAAAGCCAGCAAUGGAAAGACACUUCCUGCCCUGAUGGUCUUUUCCGAAAGCCUGCGCUACCUGAAGGAACAUGCCCUGAACACCAUCCAAGAGGCCUCUUUCCAAACCGUCUGUGACCAGGAGGAGAUCACCUGGGUCAUUACUGUCCCGGCCAUAUGGACCGCUGCUGCCAGGCAGUUCAUGCGGCUGGCAGCAAAAGAGGCAGGAAUCAUCUCUGACAUGAUUUCUGAGAAGCUGAUUAUUGCCCUGGAGCCGGAGGCUGCGUCGCUUUGGUGCAAACAGCUUCCACGGGAAGGGUUUUUGACAGACAGCAGUGAUAAGAAGAAGUUUGAAGACUCCCCUGGGAUCCAGUAUAUUGUUGUUGACUGUGGAGGUGGCACAAUAGACAUUACGGUACAUGAGAUCCAAGAAAACUGUUGCCUGAAGGAGUUACACAAGGCAUCUGGAGGUGGAUGGGGCGGCAACAGAGUGGACGAAAACUUCACUGAUUUCCUCAAGGAAAUAUUUAAUGAUGGUGUAUGGGAUGAAUACGUAAAGAACCACCCCACCGAAUUAGAACAUAUGAUGUACAAUUUCAGUCUACAGAAAUGCUCUGCUAGCAGGGAGGCGGUCUACAUACAUUGCUACUACAACUUGACCAGAGUGGCAGACAGCAAGGACAUCUCCCGCUUCUUCAAAAGAGCAGAAGGAGUUGUGUGGUGUGAUGGGAUGAUCAUGAUUACAUAUGAGAAAAUGAAGAGCUUUUUUGACUACAGUGUCAAAAACAUCAUUCGUACCUUGAGGGAAAUUCUUGACAAGCCUGAGAUGGGCAGGGUCCAGUACAUUUUGCUUGUGGGAGGCUUUGCGUCUAGUGUCAUCUUGAGAGAUGCGAUCAGUCAGGCCUUUAGCAAGAAAUAUCACAUCCUUUGUCCAGUGGAGGCCCAAGUGGCCAUCGCAAAAGGGGCUCUUUUAUUUGGGGUCAAUCCACAUGUUGUCACCUCAAGAGUCAGCGCUCGGACAUAUGGCAUAGCAGUAAAUCAUAAAUUUGAUGUUGCUAUCCAUGAGUUGUCUAAACUAAAGGUCUCAAAAGCUGAUGGCUAUAUUUAUUGCACAGAUCUCUUCAAGAAAUUGGUGGGAAUUGAGGAGUCAGUGAAUAUAAAUGAAAUUGCCCACUAUAAUUUCCAUCCAACAGAACCAGAUCAAACAAACGCACUUUUUUCUUUCUAUUGUACAGAAAAGCAGGAUGCUAAGUACGUAGAUGAGGAAGGGAUGGAACACCUUGGCUCCUGUACAGUGCCAAUGCCAGACACAAAGCUGGGGAAGAAACGCCAAGUGAAGCUGGAAAUUAAAUUUGGGCUCACUGAAUUUAAAGCCACGUGUACUGACAUUACGUCCAAUGAAAGUCGAGCAAUUGUAAUAGACUAUUUAACUGUGUAA